AUGUAUUCGACUCCACAGAAGCGCCCCAAACCCAAACCCAGGCCUCACCCCAACUCCUCUCCAUCACUCCUCGAGCCUCCCGAGACUCUCUUCCCCACCAAGGCCGAGUUUCUCCGCCUCCUCGCAGUCCUCGCCAUCGCUACCUCCGUCUUUUUCUCCUUCAAUUUCCUCUUCAACCCCCGCUCUAACCCCUUCUGCGACGGCCCCGAUCCCUCCCUCGACUUCUUCUCCGAUUCUUGUGAGCCGUGUCCGAGUCAUGGACGAUGCCAGGAAGGCCAGUUGCAGUGUGAUCAAGGAUAUACGAAGCGGGGGAAGCUAUGUGUAGAAGAUGGAGUUAUUCAGGACACAGCUACGAAACUUGCAGAAAUGGUAGAGAUUCGUCUUUGUGAAGCUUAUGCGGAGUAUCUGUGCCAUGGGAUUGGAACAAUUUGGGUUGAACAGAAUGACAUAUGGAAUGACUUUGAUAAGAAUGAGCUGGCAGAACAUGUUGGCUCAGACAAUGCUAUUUUUAUGUAUGCGAAACAAAGGGCAAUGGAGAUGAUCAGUGGAAUGUUGGACAGAAGGACAAAUUCUCUGGGGGUCCAAGAGUUUAAGUGUCCUGACAUGCUAGCAGAACACUAUAAACCAUCUUCCUGUCGCAUCAGUCAAUGGAUCUCUGAGCAUGCAUUACUUAUUUUUCCCGUUUGUGCAGCGCUUCUGGGAAUCACGUUGUUACUUCGGAAAUUCCACCAAAGGCAGUAUCUUUCGACUAGAGUUGACGAGGUUUACCAACAGAUAUGUGAAGAGCUCGAGGAGAAAGCCUUGAUGAAUAGAGCGAAUGAGAAAUGUGAACCAUGGGUUGUUGCCUCUACAUUGCGUGAUUCUCUUCUUUCCCUGAAAGAGAGGAAGAACCCUGAAUUAUGGAAAAAGGUUGAAGAGUUGGUUCGAGAAGAUUCCCGCAUGGAUUGUUAUCCAACAUUGGUGAAAGGUGAAUCAAAAGUAGUAUGGGAAUGGCAAGUUGAAGGAUCUCUGAGCUCUUCAAGGAAAAGUAGAAAGGGUGAGGCUAGCAAAUUGAAGUCCAGCAAAGGUACAGAAAGAAGUCCGGAUCAACAUCUCCAUUCACUUAAGGCCGACCAAAGGCAAUUGAAUUUUGAUACAACGAUGUUGAGACAGUGACUGUAAUUCUAUCAGGCAAGGUGAUUCAUGGUAUUUUGUCUCUGUACGGUAAUUCAUUAGGAGAAGCAUUGUAAACUGUAAAUUUGU